CUGGUAACCCGGCACAGACAGGCGCCGCUGGACACGCAUUGUAUUCUACUGACCGCUGCAGCUCUGAGAAGCGUCGCGUUACUACGCUAGUUCCAGGAGCAGACAUCGUACGAUAGGAGGAUGGGAGCGCUGCUGAGUUUCCUGUGGGGCGGCGGCAAGGCGACGCCCGCGCUGCCAGAGGUCCCCGACCCCGUUACAGGGUUGACGCCGCGGGAGAAGGACUUCGUGGUCACCACUUGGGGCUCUGUAAAGAAGGACAUCUCCAAUAAUGGCGUCCAGCUCUUCCUCAGGUUUUUCGACAAGCUGCCCGCUGCGCAAAAGAGGUUCUCCAGCUUCGCGGACUUGCCGCGCGACGAGCUCGCCACGUCCAAAAGGCUGAAGGCGCACGCCAACAGCGUCAUGUACUCCAUAGACUCCAUCGUCUGCAACCUGGACGACCCUGAAGUGCUGGAAGAGAUGUUAUUGAAGAUCGGGAACAAUCACGGCCGGCGCAAGGUUCCAGAAGACGAGUUCAUGGUUCUGAAGGAUGUGCUGAUGCAGCUGCUGAGGGAUGCUUUGGACAUUCACAAGAGCCCCGUAGGGGAGCAGGCCUGGAGCAAGGCCAUUGACGUCAUGUACAAGGGCAUCUUCAAGGGCAUGGCAGAGACCAGAGACAAGUGAUAGCUGCGCCCUGGAAGGUGUUCGUCCUAAUCUUCUGCAGCAGCUGUCUACCCACUGGUGUCACUGCCAGACCGAUGGCAGCUCUACUGCAAAUGGUGCACAUUCUGUACAAAUUGAAAGCUUUAAUCUUGUGCGCUGUGUUAGAUUGUAGUCAGGAAACAGUGGCUACACUCAGCUAUAUAAUCAAGGGUGAUAAAGUAGGAUAUUCAGAAUGAUUCAUUUAGAGUACUGAAAACUCUGUCCUACGAAUUGUCUGUGUUCACACUGAAAUCAACAGGUAUUAUUUUUUUAAAAAGAAAACGUACAAUAUCAAAUAUAGUUCCAUGAUAAACAAGUAACUGGAAGGAUGAUAGCUUAUAAGAAACAAAUUGAUUCAGUUCAUUCAUUCGUAUCUGUGGGGAAGCCAGGCGAAAAGACAUAGGUAAACAGAUAAAUAUGUGGUAAAUAUAAGUCUACCAUUAU